AUGAAGCGUCCAUUGGUGGAAUCGGAAGAAGAAAAACAGAGCACUCAGUUGAAGAAACGGAAGAAGUACGAUUCAGGGUCCACCUCCAAAAGCCCGGUGCCUCCAAGAGAAGCUCCGCUGUGGCUUUUGAACAUGAUGAGAGAGAUGAACGGCUACGAGCCGAAACUGGUCAUAGAGAAGACCCUCUUCAAGUCGGACAUUAACCGAACCCUCGGCCGUCUCGCCAUGCCGACGAACCACGUCGUCGAAAAGGAUUUCUUGACGGCCACGGAGGAGAGGAUGAUCGACGAGAAGUGCAGGCUCAAGACUAGUGAUGUGGACGUGGUGGCGGUUCUCGUGGAUCCACUCCAUCGGAAAUGGAAUGUGGUGUUGAGGAGAUGGGACAUGGCCAAGGACUCUGGGAACUGCUCUUCGAUUUUCGUCUUUGUCAAACUUCCUCUCCGAUUUUCUUCUUCUUCCCUUGCCGAGUGCAAACGCCGUAUGAAGCGCCCUUUGUGCAAACGCCGUAUGAAGCGUCCAUUGGUGGAAUCGGAAGAAGAAAAACAGAGCACUCAGUUGAAGAAACGGAAGAAGUACGAUUCAGGGUCCACCUCCAAAAGCCCGGUGCCUCCAAGAGAAGCUCCGCUGUGGCUUUUGAACAUGAUGAGAGAGAUGAACGGCUACGAGCCGAAACUGGUCAUAGAGAAGAACCUCUUCAAGUCGGACAUUAACCGAAACCUCGGCCGUCUCGCCAUGCCGACGAACCACGUCGUCGAAAAGGAUUUCUUGACGGCCACGGAGGAGAGGAUGAUCGACGAGAAGUGCAGGCUCAAGACUAGUGAUGUGGACGUGGUGGCGGGUCUCGUGGAUCCACUCCAUCGGAAAUGGAAUGUGGUGUUGAGGAGAUGGGACAUGGCCAAGGACUCUGGGAACUGCUCUUCGAUUUUCGUCUUUGUCUCUACUUGGAACUCCAUCGUGGAUGCCAACGGCUUCAAAGAAGGAGACCCGAUCGAGCUCUGGUCGUUCCGGUCUCAAGGCAGACUCUGUUUUGCCUUUGUUCCUCCCAGACGAAGUUCCUUGUGCUCCGGCCAAUGCAGCUCUGCUCUCUGAUCAUGUUUCUUCCUUACAUCUUGGAACUGGGCGGAUUUUAUGAUUCU